AUGCAGUCAGCGAAGACACAGGCUACAAACACGCCUCUCAGACAAUUAGCACUGCAUUCGACUACCACAUGCUCGUCGCAUGCAACAGCAUAUGGAAAAUGCAUAUUUGCUGCUUAUACGGAUGUUAGAAAAGAUUCUUGCAAGCAAGAAUUUGAAAAGUUCGGGCAGUGCUUGCGCGAAGUUGUACGUACUCCUCGUGAUGAUAGAGGACAUAUCUUCUGA